GAAUUCCAUAGCAGCCGACAAGCGUCAAAAUGGCGGUUCUGGAACUUUUUUCGAGUCCAAUUCGGACAAGAUAUAAUGCCAGCAUUUGCACCAAAGCUACUAUAUUUGCUGUUAUAGCUUUUCUUUUUACAGUAAUACCACCAUUCUUGAUCGCGUACAGAAGUGAAGGUUUUUGGAUCAAACAAGCAUACUACAGAGAGCAACCUGAUGUGAAGUUCAAACAUCAGAUCCUUCUCAUCCUCCAAACUGAUUCACAGAAUGGUUAUAUUACUUGGAGUACGUACCUCAACUUUAAUCUUCUUGAACAAGCAAACCUUCGGAUACCUCUUGUCAAGUCGAGAGAAGAAGACUCAAACAGAGAUGGAAAGAAGGAUAAAUUUAUUUUCUCUAUUGAGGUACCUGUUCUUGAUUCUGAGAAAGUACAUGGAGCUCAACUCAUUUUCAUUUUUGACUACAGAUUAUAUAGAUUCAGUGAUGUUAGAAUGGAAGCCAUGGGAUAUGUCAGUCAUACCUCAGCCAUACCUGGUGCAGAGCUGAAUAUGGAUGGAGAUCUUCGUCUUAGACUUAAACAGCCUCUAGCCCACAAGGGAUAUGACACAAGAUAUGAAGUCCCCAUUAUUGACUCAACCAGUGUAUUUGCUGAAGAUUAUACGUUAAGCAAGAUCUUUGCCUCCUAUCAACAGAGAAAUAUUUCCACACGUUUUGAGUGUGACUACCCAAUCUGGUUGACAGGAAGGGGAGCAGGCCAGCCUUUUACCAUCAAGGGAACCAUUUACUACCCAGAAGAGACCAUUGUAUAUAUUCCAGGUUUCUGGCAGGUCAUCAAGUACGGUUGGAUUCAAUACCUCUCGGUUUUGUUCCUCUUCAUAUUUCUGAUGGAGCGUGUCAAGGCAUUUGUCUUUGAGAACCAGAUCGUCAACACCAUCGUGCAGCAUCCGGUCCCUCUGACUUACAAGAAUCAUUUCACGUGAUAGUUGAUAAUCAAGCUUGCUUGUAAUUUUUUCAGUAAGUCUUCGACUACUGUGCAUUCCUGGCUUAGUACAGGGAUCAUGGGGUUCCAGUGGGAAUCGUUGAGUUAUGAAUCCUUUGUUUACUGUGGCAACAUCAGGCAGCAUGAGGCUUCCGCAAUGCCAGGUGAAUUGGAUUGUGUAGUCACUCAAGAAAACAUUGGAAGAAUACUAGGGAUCAUUCUUAGUUGUCUUUGUAACUACAUGUAUGCAUAGGAAUUUCCUAAGACUUCUGUCAUUGGCUGCUGUACAAAAUUUAAAAUUUGAGGGGGUACUUGAUUUUUGUACCAGGUACCUGUUUUUAUAUUAAAGAUUAUGAUAGGCUUGCAUGUACAUUUUUUUUCUUAACUGUACAUUGCAUCUCAGAAGAAAAAAAACAAACUAAGAAUUAUUAGUUUAUAUAACAAUUUAAUCACAAAUAAAAUUGAUAAAAGCUUUGAGUUUCCUCUUUGAUAUAGUACAACCUAUGUGAUCCCUCAUUCAUGCAUAAGUGAUUGAAAACAAAAUUCAAAGAAAGGAUACCCAUAAGUCACCUGUUGGAUGGUAUCUGAAUUUCAAAGCGAAAAUCAAAUGCCUUAAAAAUUUCCAUAUCUACCCUUGAAUUUGAUAAUUUUAUUAAGCAGUUGCAUUUUCAUGACUUUCCUAUCGUUGCACUAGUAUGGUUAACAAAAGACUUUAUGCAAGGCUGAUUUUCACUAAAUGGAAUGAUGAAAAAGUCCGAUAUCCAGCCUGAAAUAAUGUGGUCUUCAGUCAUGCAAUUGACCUCUAGAAAUCAUUAUGUAAUACACUAAAUAAUUCUUUGAUAUUUAUUCUAUUACAUUUUUUUUUCAAAUAUUUGUUUAUUUUCAUGUAGUUUAUGAUACAAAACUAUUCAAUAAAUGCACUGUUCCUCGGAUUAAUGGAGGAUCAAAGGAAUAGUGAAUACUUGAGUCUUGAUAAGCUAUCCCGAAAGUGUAAUGCAAAUCAAUGUUUUGUUGGAAAAAAUAGGGAAAAUAGAUAAUCAUGUAUCUUUACAUCUCAUUUUGAUGUAGUUUGACAAUUAUGUAUCUUUGCAGGAAUUUGUUCCCUGAAACGGAGAAGAGUAACAGCUGCUCUGUUAAAGCCAGGGUAAUAAUGUUGGAUUUGCAUGAGUGUGAUAUGCAGAUGAAUCUACCGAAGACAAUCUUUUGGGAUCACAGAAAUUUGUCCGACUUUGGCAGAUUUGACUUGUAUGCUUUUCACACUGCAUUUCCUUAACCCCAUACUAUCCUUGACCCCCGGCCGCACUAUCCUUAACCCAGACUAUCGCACAGGUCAUGAAUAUUGAUGAUUUUGCCUGCUGCCACACAGAGCAUGAUUAACAUGCAAUAUUGACUUCUGUGAUUGGCUAAUGCUUAGCCCCACAUUUCCUUAGCCCGGUUUUGUUUCAUAAUGCAUCUCUUAGCAUGGCAAUUGUGGUGCUAGCACGCAAGAAGCCAGUUAACCCUGCCUUUUUGCAGGCCAAGAUAGUACUGUACUAUGUAAUAUGCAAGCCCACUUUUCUAAAACAUAGUGUGAAACCAAAGUGGGCUAAGCUUAAUCCCGGGAAAUUGGUGGGGCUAAGACCCCCCCUCUUAGCCCCACUGAUUUAAGGGGUUAAGGAAAAUAAGUGCAGUGUGAAAAGCAUAUUAAAAGAUGUAAUAAGCUGAUGUUUACAUUUUCUUGCCUACAAAAUAUCCCUUAAUAGCUCAUUAUUUGACUUUUGGAAGGUGGGCUUAACAGAGUCUAGUUGUGUGUUCUCAUUAAUAUUCAAACAAAUGUGAUGCCAAAACCGAUUUGGCGGGUAAGAGAAAUGUAGGUUUUAGGACAAAACUUCAGUAUAGGAUGGAUUGAUUACCUGAGCAGGAACCAAUAGCACAUUGACUUUAUUUUGCAUUGUUUUGUAUAAUAGCAUUGUAAAUAGUGUACAAAGAAAAGUUGUAAAUUUCUUUUUAUAAUGUAAUGUACAUCAGUUGUAAAUCAAGUGAUUUUCACCUUGCCGUUGAUUAACUUAUUGAAAAAAAAUUGUUCAAAAGUUAGACUUUUCAUUACUUCUCAUUGUUCUACACUCUAUGAAUAUAAGUAACAGCCCCCUUUUUUCAUGUGUAACCCAAUGUCACUCUUGGAGCCCCUUUAAAGGGUGCAACUGUGCACCCUUCUCACCUCGGAACCAGAUCUGCCUUGAUUGCAGAUUUUGUGUUCUAUGGGGGCGGCAGGACAGGUGAGGUGUGUUGUAUAUUUUCACUCUCAUGUCUUAUUGGUGGAAAGGGGGUUUUCAUGGGCGACACCAAUUUUGUCUGGGCCGAGGAGAUA